UACGGACGCCCUUUUUUCCGGUCAGAUUUUAGCGUUAUUUCAUUUUCUCCGUCUCUCUCUCUCCCAUUCUGUGUCUCCGAUCUUCCUCUCCUCGCUUCUUCUGUUCCUCCUCCUUUUGCGAGAUCUAGGGUUUGGUCUGGGGGCGGUUCCGUCAUGGCGUCGAAGCGGAUCCUGAAGGAGCUCAAGGAUCUGCAGAAGGAUCCUCCGACGUCCUGCAGCGCAGGUCCAGUAGCGGAGGACAUGUUUCACUGGCAAGCAACAAUAAUGGGUCCUCCUGACAGUCCUUAUGCAGGGGGUGUCUUUCUAGUAACGAUUCAUUUCCCUCCAGACUAUCCCUUUAAGCCACCGAAGGUUGCCUUCAGGACGAAGGUUUUCCAUCCAAAUAUUAACAGUAACGGCAGCAUUUGUCUUGACAUUUUGAAGGAGCAAUGGAGCCCUGCACUAACAAUUUCAAAGGUGUUGCUGUCAAUUUGCUCAUUGCUGACGGAUCCAAAUCCCGACGACCCUUUGGUGCCAGAGAUCGCACACAUGUACAAAACAGACCGAAACAAGUAUGAAACGACUGCAAGGAGCUGGACCCAGAAAUACGCAAUGGGUUAGUUGGAAAAUUUCUUCCUACGUGGUGAAACUAUAUAUAAUAGAUAUAUGUAUUUAAAGGAUCACGUUUCCUUUCAAAGACUCAUUGGAUGAUUUUCAUUCUCCGGAAGAAAACAGAUUGCUUUUGUUUGUAUGAAUCUCUGAUAAAAAAUCUUAGCUUUUGAGGCUUUCCUUCU